AGAGAGAAAGACAGUAGAACUGGGUCUGUUCUGUUCCAGAAGUACUGUACUGGUCCUGUGGUGGGGAUAAGGGGUCUGGUUUUGGUUGGUGGUCCGGUUCCCUUCCUUGAUACUGAGACUAAAGGGUAUGGACACCUUUCUGACCUUAUUUGGACUGAUGCUUAUGUGUGGUCUGUGCUCAGCUCAGAAACUCUCUCCAACAGGGAAGAACGUCUGCCUCAAUACCAGGAAUUCUCCCACAUGUUGUUCUGGAUGGGAACUGCACGGUGAUGAAUGCACUGUUCCACUCUGUGAGGGGGACAGAGCCUGUCUACAGGAUGAAGUGUGUGUUUACCCAGGACUUUGUCGUUGCAAAGCUGGAUUUUAUGGGUACCAGUGCAAAACCCGUUGCCCUCCUGAAUUUUGGGGGCCUGAUUGCCGUGAGCUCUGCCCCUGCCACCCUGGUGGUGUUUGUGACCCAGCCACAGGUGAGUGCUCAUGUCUGCCUAGCCACUGGGGCAACCUUUGCCAAAACAGCUGCAAAUGUGGACGCCAUGGAAAAUGUGACCCGGUCUUUGGCAACUGCACUUGUGAGGAGGGAUGGUGGACGUCCACUUGUUCCAAGGCCUGCCAGUGCUAUCCUGGCACAUCCACCUGUGACCAAGCCACAGGCCGCUGCUUUUGUAAUGAGGGUUUCUGGGGUCAAAAGUGCAGCUUACGUUGCAACUGCUAUUUGUCUCCUUGCCAUCAGCACACAGGGGCCUGUCAGUGUCUGCUUGGCUGGUGGGGUCCAACCUGCGACCGCCGUUGCAAUUGUAAUUUAAAACAUGCCGAAUGUGACCCGCUAACUGGAGUCUGUUUGUGCCACCCGGGUUACAAGGGCCCUUUCUGCAACGAGCCAUGCAGCAGUGGGAAGUACGGGAGUGGCUGUAAGAAGAGCUGUGGACACUGUGAGGGAGGCAGACCUUGCUCUAUACAGGACGGCCUGUGUGAUGCCUGUGCACCAGGGUGGAAUGGCACUCAUUGUGAUCAGCGCUGUCCAGAUGGUUAUUAUGGCCACCAUUGCCAGGAGGUUUGCCCACUUUGCAGAAACAAGGACCUGUGUGACCCGGAAACUGGAGCGUGCUUACAUUGUGACCCUGGCUGGACUGGACCAAGAUGUGAAAUAACUUGUACAGAUGGCACUUACGGAGAUGGCUGUCACUUCCUGUGUAAAACAUGCUAUCAAGGCGUCUGUGAUCAUGUGACAGGAAGUUGCAUUUGUCUCCCUGGCUUCCAGGGUGAGAGCUGUAACAGCACAUGUCCUGGCCACUUGUAUGGUGUUAACUGCUCUUCCAUUUGUGACUGUGGGAAUAUCGCCUGCCAUCCAACAACAGGGGCCUGCCCAAACAGUAGUAGAGCAGGUCUCUUAGUAGGGCUUUUGGUUCCCCUGUUUAUUUUAAUUCUUGCCCUGUUGUUAUGCUGCUACUGUUGCGGAGGUCCAGUUGAAAGAAAGGAAGGAGUGGUGGUUGGAGAUGGAAGCCCUGCAGUACGCAUGAAGCAUCAUGUUUAUACUGUACUGGCCAACAUGGGUUCAGCCAUGCCAUGUAAUACCCUUUGGUCGUCUGGUCUACCCAGAGUUACAGUCUCUCAUCAUGAUCCUGAGCUCACAUUUAACCACAGCUUCAUUGAGCAGCCUUCCUCUUGCUGGGUGACUGAUUCAUUUGAAACAGAUGAUGAAGGAGAGGCUGUCUAUUGUGAACCUCCUAGGGAAGAUGUCCUCACUGUGACUGGCGGAGAGCUCCAGGAGCUGAACUCUAAGUGUAACUUCUUCCCUGACCCAUCAACCUUCAGCAGUGAGGACAUGUCACAAGCUUUUGGCAUCCCCCGUACCUCCAGCAUUGCCAAAUCCAAGCGCCCUUCUGUCUCCUUUGCCGAGGGCACAAAGUUCAGCCCUAAAGAACGCCACAGCUCAACCCAAGAUCUGCCCGGCUCUAUCCGGAAACCCAAAACCUGGGGUAUUCUGAUGCUCUCCGCCUUGCAAGGAGGACAGGGGAACCAUAGCGAGGUAGAAGCUGAAAAGGAAGAGAAAAACAAAGGGGAGAAUGCCUCCUGUGAGGAUCAAGAAGCUACCACUGCAACACCUCAAGCCUCAGAAAAAUAUAGUUCUGGUCCAAUAAGGACUCACCUCACUGUUCCAGGUGGGAGACUUCACACCCUUUCAAACACCAGUAAGAACACACAGUUACAGAGCUCCUCUGAUGGGGGCCAAGAGACGGAUUUAGAUGCAGAGAAACUGAUGACUGUAUAUGUGACUGUGGGUAAGACCACAAAGAUGGCUAAACAAGAGUCCAGCUCUCAGGGACCUGUCCAGGCAAUGCUGCGAAGACUGAGCAGCCUCCAAAGACAGAGAGAGGAGACCGCCCAGCCCAAAGGUAGGGGGCAGGCAAUUGUCAAGCCUCCAAGGAGAAAACUGGGAGCACGGGCCAGUGCGUGGGAGCAAGCUACUGGGUCAGGCCAUGCGGAAGUGAUCAUGAGAAAACCUAGUCGCAGGAAACACAACUCCCUCAGCUCCCCCUGUACAGUUGGGGCAACAGACAUUCCCCAGGAGAAAAGCACCCCCAAGAGGCCCCUGUCCUUCAUUUUAAAGAGUGUUCCAGAGAGCGAUGUGCAAAGAUCAUUGGUGGAACAAGAUGCAGAAACUUUUAGUCAGCCAGACAGUCCAGCAGAGCAUGCAUAUGAGACCGUGGCUCUGUCAGAUGGUGUUUCCACCUCCUCAGAGAUUAUUAUCAAUGAGACAGUUGUUGAACAAGCAGAAACUGAGCCAAAUUAUGAGAACGUUUAUGUAAAACAUUCAUAAUACAUACAUAGUCCCUGAAUCUCAGAGACAAGCAUUGUAGGGAUUAUUUUGUUUAUAUAUUCCCAUUAUGGUUCCCAUUAAAUUGUUAUUUUAUAA